CUUUUCCUCUCCACUCUACCCUAACCCUCUGAACAUUUCACACGCUCUCUUCUCCCCUCAAUAUCUCAUGGCAAACUCUCUUGAAGUUUCUGCUCUCAAUCGCAUAAAACUGCAUCUUCUAGGAGAACUCUCUCCCCUUCCACUCACAACCUCCUCUCAAUCUAGCUCCAUCUGUUCCCAAUCUUCAUGUUCUGACUCAUCCGCCACACUUGACCAAAUCUUCUCCGAAUUCCUCUAUUUCCCAACUUCUUCCUCUGAAAACCACUUUUCUGCAUUGGAGUUUGAGGCAAAACCCGAAAUAAUUUACCUCGAAACCCCCAACCCACAAUUGGAAUUCACGUCUCUAACCACACAGGACAGUAAGAAACCUCAAUCUAGUCGAAAGCCGUCGCUGCAAAUCUCUCUCCCCAAGAAAACAGAGUGGAUCCAAUUCGGAGAUCCCGAGGUUACUGAAACGGUUUCGCAGAGUAAUCCAAACGCGGAAGAGAAGAAGCACUACAGAGGAGUGCGACAGAGACCUUGGGGGAAGUUUGCGGCGGAGAUCCGGGACCCGAACAAGCGCGGCUCCAGGGUGUGGCUCGGGACGUUCGACACGGCUAUCGAAGCCGCCAAAGCCUACGACCGAGCCGCGUUUAGGCUUCGCGGCUCCAAAGCCAUCCUCAACUUCCCCCUCGAAGCCGGUGCCGAUGACCGCAAACGCCAAAGGGAAGAGCAAGAGGAGGAGCCCGCGGUGGAAGUCGUCAAGAGGGUAAAAGUAGAGGAAUCUGACGUUAGUCGUAUUAAGGAGACUCCGUUAACGCCGUCUAGUUGGUUAGGGUUCUGGGGUGGUGAUUCUAACGGAAUCUUCACCGUGCCGCCCUUGUCACCGUUAUCUCCCCACCCGGCGUUGGGUUUUCCACAGCUUAUGGUUGUGUGAAAAUGGAGACAAUUUAUUCAUUUAUUUAUUUAAAUUGAACUACUAUUAUUGUUUUUGCGUAUUCUAUUACUGGCUUCGUAAUUUACUCAUCAUACCUUAAAAGAAA